UUAGCCAGGCAAGCGCCUCGUCAUGUUCCCGAUCAACACGCAAGUCCCAGUGGACUGUACUGAACUGGAGCUCUCUCUUUUAUCUAUUUUCUUUUCUUAUCGUUUUAUUUAAAUAUUCCAAAUCCACACUGUAAUGAUAUGAAUAUGAUAGAAUAGUAAUCCAUGCUUAUCCGCAUUUCCUUCUUCUACUAAUUGCUCUCUCCACCUACCGUUUCUUUUCUUCUUUUUUUCCCAUCCACCUUCCUACUACAAAAUGAUGUCGUUAUUGUCGUCAAUUCUCCGUCGAAAGCCCGCCGUGCUUCUCCAAGUACGGCUACUAUCUUCGUAUGCUCCUCCCGGAACGACGUCGCAGCAGCAACGCAUUGAGAAAAUCCUGGUGGCCAACCGAGGCGAGAUAGCAUGCAGGAUCAUGAGGACAGCUAAGCGUCUAGGGAUUCGGACGGUAGCCGUUUACAGCGAUGCCGAUAAAAACUCUCUCCAUGUGAAAUCGGCCGACGAGGCGGUUCACAUCGGUCCACCUCCUGCUCGGCUCAGCUACUUGAACGGUUCUUCCAUUGUCGAGGCGGCGGUUCGGACCGGUGCACAGGCCGUCCACCCCGGUUAUGGUUUCUUAUCGGAGAGCUCUGAGUUUGCUCAACUUGUUGAAGAUAGGGGGCUUACAUUUAUUGGUCCUCCAGCGUCUGCAAUUAGAGACAUGGGUGACAAAAGUGCUUCGAAGAGAAUAAUGGGUGCGGCAGGGGUGCCAUUGGUGCCGGGAUAUCAUGGCAGUGAGCAAGAUGUUGAGAUUAUGAGGUUGGAGGCAGAUAAAAUUGGAUAUCCUAUCUUAAUAAAGCCAACCCAUGGAGGCGGAGGAAAGGGUAUGAGAAUUGUACAAAGUCCAAAUGAAUUUGUCGACUCCUUUCUUGGAGCACAACGCGAAGCUGCUGCAUCUUUUGGCAUAAACACUAUUUUGUUGGAGAAAUACAUUACUCAACCAAGACACAUAGAAGUUCAGAUAUUUGGUGACAAAUUUGGCAAUGUACUGCAUUUAUAUGAGAGAGAUUGCAGCGUUCAAAGGAGACACCAGAAGAUAAUUGAAGAAGCUCCAGCUCCUUGUGUUACUGAUGAAUUUCGCACACACUUGGGCCAGGCUGCCGUAUCUGCUGCUAAGGCAGUUGGUUAUCACAAUGCUGGCACUGUGGAGUUUAUAGUUGAUACCAAAACAGGUCAUUUUUACUUCAUGGAGAUGAACACUCGACUUCAGGUUGAGCAUCCUGUGACUGAGAUGAUUGUUGGUCAAGAUCUCGUGGAGUGGCAAAUUCAUGUUGCAAAUGGGGAGCCUCUUCCUAUAAGUCAGGAUCAGGUUCCCUUAUCAGGUCAUGCUUUUGAAGCCCGAAUCUAUGCUGAAAAUGUUCCCAAAGGAUUUCUUCCUGCAACUGGAGUUCUUCAUCAUUAUCAUCCGGUGCCACCUUCUUCAACAGUUCGGGUUGAGACUGGAGUUGAACAAGGAGAUGUUGUUAGCAUGCAUUAUGAUCCUAUGAUUGCAAAGCUUGUAGUAUGGGGAGAAAACCGUGCUGCAGCACUAGUCAAAUUGAAGGAUUGCUUGUUAAAGUUUCAGGUUGCAGGGUUGCCAACUAAUAUCAAUUUCCUACAAAAGCUUGCUAACCAUAAGGCAUUUGAAGAGGGCAAUGUUGAAACGCAUUUUAUUGAGCGCCAUAAAGAUGACCUAUUUGUUGAUCCUAAUAAUAAAGUAAUUUAUGAGGAUGCAUAUAGUGCAGCUAGACUUGGAGCAAAGCUGGUAGCUGCUUGCCUUUGUGAAAAGGAACGUUCUGCUAUGAAAGAAAGCCAUUCUGGGGAUUCUAGCUUACUUCCCAUAUGGUAUACUCAUCCUCCAUUCAGAGUCAAUCAUCAUGCACAGAGGACCAUGGAAUUUGAGUGUGAAAAUGAAUAUGAGAGCAGUAGUUCAAAGCCUUUGAUGCUUUCUAUCACUUAUCGUCCUGAUGGGAACUAUUUUAUUCAGCAUCAACAGAUUGGAGAAAAUGAUGCCCACAUAUUGGAAGUCAAAGCAUCAAAUCUGGGCAAUGAUAAUUUUAUAGUUGAGGCUGAUGGUUUAACCAUGAAUGUUAGUUUAGCUGUUUAUACCAAGGGUCAGAUCAAACACAUACAUAUAUGGAAUGGGCCGCACCACCAUCAUUUCAGACAGAAACUAGGCCUUGACCUGUCUGAUGAAGAUGAAACACAGCAUAAGACGAGUUUCGAGACCACAAGCCACCCUCCUGGGACUGUAGUGGCACCCAUGGCUGGUUUAGUGGUCAAGGUUCUGGUAGAGAAUGGGGCGAAGGUGGAAGCAGGACAACCUGUAUUGGUCCUUGAAGCCAUGAAGAUGGAGCAUGUGGUAAAAGCAACAUCUGGUGGUGUUGUUGAAGGGCUUAAAGUCGGUGCUGGUCAGCAGGUUUCAGAUGGUAGUGUUCUCUUCAGAGUAAAAAUGGCGACAAUCAAUGGUGAGACUGCAAUGGAAAAGACCUUGGGGUCUAUAGGAAGCUUUAGUAACAACAACAACAACAAGGAGGUGUUUCUUAGAGCAGAUAAGAUAGAUUUCAAGAGCUGGGAUUUGCAACUGGAUAAGCACUUGAGCAGGGCCUGGUCUAGGGACAGUGAUGGUUCAACUCUCACAAAGAAGGAAGAAUGGGAAAUUGAUUUGGCUAAACUUGAUAUAAGGUAUGUUAUAGCUCAUGGGACUUAUGGCACCGUUUACCGUGGCGUUUAUGAUACCCAAGAUGUUGCAGUGAAGGUAUUGGACUGGGGGGAGGAUGGGAUUGCCACGGUUGCUGAAGCUGCUGCUCUUCGGGCGUCAUUCCGACAAGAGGUUGCUGUUUGGCAUAAGCUUGACCAUCCGAAUGUUACAAAGUUUAUCGGAGCUUCAAUGGGAACUUCCAACCUUAAAAUCCCGACAAAAGAUGGAAUAAGCGAGAAUAAUAAUUCCCUUCCUGCCAGAGCAUGUUGUGUUGUUGUUGAGUAUCUUCCUGGUGGAACGUUAAAGAAUUUUUUGAUCAGAAACAGGAGGAAGAAACUUGCAUUUAAGGUUGUGAUUCAAAUUGCUUUGGAUCUCUCUAGAGGAUUGAGCUAUCUUCACUCCAAAAAGAUUGUACACCGUGAUGUUAAGACCGAAAAUAUGUUGCUAGAUGCUCAUAGAACUUUGAAAAUUGCUGAUUUUGGUGUUGCUCGAGUUGAAGCUCAGAACCCAAGAGACAUGACCGGGGAAACAGGCACUCUCGGUUACAUGGCUCCAGAGGUCCUUGAUGGGAAGCCUUAUAAUCGGAAAUGCGACGUCUACAGUUUCAGUAUAUGCUUAUGGGAAAUAUACUGCUGUGACAUGCCUUAUGCUGAUCUUAGUUUCGCUGAAGUUUCAUCGGCAGUAGUAUGCCAGAAUUUACGACCAGAAAUCCCUAGAUGUUGCCCGAGUUCAUUAGCAAGCAUCAUGCGAAAAUGUUGGGAUGCACACCCUGAACGACGCCCCGACAUGGACGAGGUGGUGAGAUUGUUAGAAGCAGUGGAUACAAGUAAGGGAGGUGGCAUGAUACCUGAUGACCAGGCUCGUGGAUGUUUCUGUUUCACUGCCCGUGGUCCGUGACACUUAAUCUUGUCCUACAUGCUCUUAGUUGAGAGAGAGAGAGAGUAUGUGUGUGUGUGUGGAGCACUUCAUUGUUAGGCUCCGAUAACCAUUGAUUUCGAUAUUGCAAAUGAAUAUAACCAUAUCAAGGACCAUGUAGAACACAUACUAAGCGUGUGAAUCUCAAUAUUUCAUAUACACAACACAGCUAAAUUGGCUUGCA